GUCAUGAGGAUGUGGAGAAGCCUGGCAAAGUGAAGAUGCUGGCAGAGCAUUUAACCAGCAAGAAGACAAAGUUCUUCUUCCUCUUCCUCUCCCAGGUUCUGAAACCACUGGCAGAGUUCAAUGUUAUGUUUCAGGCUGAAGGAGUCAUGAUUCAUAGGCUGCACCGGGAGAUGACCAGCUUGGUGAGAAGAUUCAUGGGAAGAUUUCUCCCUGCCAGCCUUAUUGCUGACGUCCCACUGAAGGACAUCAAGUUCAAGGAGGCCAGCCUACAGUUUCCAGACAAAGAACUCUUUCUUGGAGCAGCUGCACAAACCUUCUUGGAGGACAACAUGGAUGAACUUUCCUCUUCUGUGCCAAUGAUGAUAAAAGCAGUGAGAGACUUCUUUGUAGCUGUGACCACAAAGAUGAUGACUGCAUUCCCCCUCGACAACAUCAUCCUCCAAAACCUGACCGUGUUGGACCCAGAGUCACAACAUCAAUUUUCCCCAAAUUCAGUUAUUGAGCUAGGGAGAAGUCUACCGCAGCUGCGGUUGGACCUGGAUAGUUUUAGGGAAGAAGUAGUGGAGUACCAGGUGCUUGGCAGGGAAGAUCUUCCUCAGGAACAAUGCAUCAUCAGAGAGGGAGUUCAGCAUGGUGCUGCUCAUAGCUACACUCCUUCAAGGGCUGUGCUACUGGCUGCGAAGCAUUGCACCUUCAAAUACAACCAUCAGUAG